UCAGAUGACUUUUUUCUGACUUGGAUAAUCACUACGCAAACCCACAAACUGUACUCGAUUUCCACAACUUCAAUGAAAGAUUCAAUAUUGCCAAUCCCUACCCUUCCACCAGAACUUAUCACUGAAAUUCUCUCGAGGCUUCCAGUGAAAUCCCUCUUACGACUCAAGUGUGUUUCAAAAUCUUUUGUCGCUUUAAUCUCUAGCCCUGAAUUUAUCAAGACCCAGCUUUGUAUAUCCACUAAUAACAAAGACUACGCCAACCAUAGGCUCUUGCUUAGGUAUAAAUGCCUUUUGAAGGACUGUUCUCUUAGGUCUGUACUUUAUGAGUCUGUUAUGGAAGUUUCACACUUGAAUUAUCCCAUGACAAACCAGCGUAAAACUUUUUGGACUGUUGUGGGUUCUGUGAAUGGAUUGAUUUGUCUUUCCAAUGAGGCAAAUGUCUUGUGUUUAUGGAAUUCAUCGAUUAGAAAAUUCAAGAAAUUCCCUGAUUUUAUAACUCAUUUGAGGGUCCGUGUCGUAUAUGGUUUUGGAUAUGAUGAGUUCUAUGAUGAUUAUAAGGUGGUGCGUUGUGUUUACUAUGAUGGCAGUUGGCCUAGAGUCGAUGUCAAAAUAUAUAGUCUAAAGGAUGAUUCUUGGAGAAGCAUUUGUUAUGCUCCUCCGGAUGGGGUGCGAUUAUGGGGUUCCGGUAAGUUUGUGAAUGGAAAGCUUCAUUGGGCUAAUAAUACUGGUCCUGUUCGGGAUAAGGGUUGGAAUAUUAUUUCUAUUGAUUUGGCUGAUGAUAAAUGGGAAAAGGUUGAGCAACCAUGCUGUGGAGAAGAAGAAGGUGUUUUGGUGCUGGGAGUGUUGGGAAAUAAUCUUUCUGUGAUAAGUAAGGAUAAUCAUCUGAGAACCCACAUAGAUGUGUGGGUUAUGAAGGAGUAUGGGGUUAAAGAAUCUUGGACAAAGAUGUUUACCGUCAAGUGUCCUCAUAGUCCUGCGUCGUCGGUGUUUAAGGCUCUCUUUUUAGUUUCAAAUAAAGAUGAAAUUUUGCUUAUGUUUGGACAAAAUUUCCUGUUGUACAAUCUGAAGGAUGGAUCAAUCAAUUAUCCAAAAUUUAAUAAGUUUGUAUCUGGUGUUGUGAAGGCAAUUUACGUAGAAAGCCUCGUUUCUCCUGUUUUACAACACGAACCAAGGACACAAUAUGAAUGAAGGGUGCAGAAGCUCAAAUGGGCGCAAUUGUUUAAGUAAUGACUUGAAAGAGCUCCACUUUAUAUAUUUUUUGCACGAGGGCUGUUCAAUUUUGUUUCUUUCGUCAAAUAUGGAAAAAAGACAUUGCAUAUUUAAAGGACACAUUUACAUUUCAUUUGUUUGGAGAUCUUAUUUGUCCUUUUACUUUUUA